GGGCGGGGAGAAAGCCGGAGAAUUGCGCAUGCGUCUUGCCCACGCGGCGUUUGAACGCGGAGGCUUCCGUAGCGGGAGGGAGAAAGAUGGCGGCGGCAGUACUGGAACAUUUGGGUGGGUUAUGGAUGCAGAAUCUCAGGGGGAAGCUGGCUUUGAGGCUUCUUUCGUCUCACAGCAUUUUACCCCAAUCGCAUAUCCACACAAGUGCUUCCCUUGAAAUAUCUCGAAAAUGGGAGAAGAAGAAUAAAAUUGUUUAUCCUCCACAACUGCCCGGAGAACCUCGAAGACCAGCUGAAAUCUACCAUUGUCGAAGACAAAUAAAGUACAGCAAGGACAAGAUGUGGUAUUUAGCAAAACUGAUACGAGGAAUGUCUAUUGACCAGGCUUUGGCUCAGUUGGAAUUCAGUGACAAAAAGGGGGCUCAAAUAAUUAAAGAGGUUCUCUUAGAAGCACAAGAUAUGGCAGUGAGAGACCACAAUGUGGAAUUCAGAUCCAAUUUGUACGUAGCUGAGUCCACCUCAGGGCGAGGCCAGUACCUGAAACGCAUCCGAUACCACGGCAGAGGUCGCUUUGGGAUUAUGGAGAAGGUUUUUUGCCACUAUUUUGUGAAGUUGGUGGAAGGCCCCCCACCUCCACGUGAGGCACCAAAGACAGCAGUCGCCCACGCCAGAGAGUAUAUUCAGGAGCUUCGAAACCGGACUAUCACGCACGCUCUCUGAUGGGGGUGUUCCAACUCCGCAGUGUCUCUGUUUUACCAUUUAUUUCCUGAAGCCAACAGAAAUUAAAGACCAGUGCUUUUUAUGA